GGCGCCGGCGAAAGCAGGGCCACGUCUACCCUACAAACGACGCUGCGCGCACCGAGCCUCGUAAGAAUAAAUAACGAAGCGGAAGCUACUGGGCAACAUAUUUACGAGAAGUAGCUAAGAUCUGGUAACGCUGGAGUUUGGACGGUAUUCCAUCUACCGUUUCGGCUACAACUGCACGGGGCUCUUCGAGGGCAUUGAAGCGUCGUCCGCCAAGAUGAACAAGACCGCCACUUCCCACAUGAGCCGAGGAGCCUUUGCUGUAAAAAAGUCCUACAGCAUCGAGAACGGCUACCCGGCUCGCCGUCGCUCGCUCGUGGACGACGCUCGCUUCGAGACUGCACUCAACCGCGUCCAGAAGCAGAGCCUGCUGCAAGAAGUGCGAUCUUCCUCUACUGGAGAAGAACUGACGGACGAUGAGCUCCUGUUGACUCAAGCUUUGAGUCAAGGAGAAGAGAAGAGUCAGGCGCAAGUAACGUCUCUGCUGCUCACUCUAGCUGGGGGCCUCACGGGCCUAUCGAGGAUCCUCAAAACUUUCGAGAACACGAGCGGGUUGGUGCUCCAUGUCGAGACUAGACUGGUGAGGAACAUGGACUUUACCGAACAAGAUAUUGCCAUUGCCAGGGAGAAGAAGCAGCUCAGUUUUGAGGUGCUGAUUAAAGUGUACAUUGAAGCCGAGCCUUUGUUGUCGUUGCUGAAGGCGUUGCGGCAAGGGUCAAGCACCACCGCCGUCAGGCUCCUGCCGCCAGAAAAAACGUUUCACUCCAACGAACGAGAUUUUUCGUGGUUCCCUCGGCACAUCAGCGAGUUGGACAAGUGUAACCACCUCAUGACCAAGUACGAGCCAGACUUGGACAUGGACCACCCUGGCUUCUCUGACCCCGUGUAUCGGGAGCGUCGCAAGGCCAUCGCCAGUAUCGCUUUCUCGUACCGACACGGCGAGACGAUUCCUCGCGUGCAGUACCAGCCGGAGGAGAUCAAGACCUGGAGCGUCGUGUUCAAAGAGCUCGACAAGCUUAUACCUACACACGCCUGUCGUCAGUACAGGGCUGUCUGGGAAAUUCUGAAGCGCGACUGUAACUACUCGGCUGACGCAAUCCCUCAGCUGCAGGAUGUUUCUAACUUCAUGCAGAAAAAUACCGGGUUCACGCUGCGGCCUGCCGCCGGUCUCUUGACAAGCCGAGACUUCCUUGCGUCUCUGGCGUUCCGUGUGUUUCAGUGCACGCAAUACGUGCGACAUCACUCGUCUCCCCAUCACAGCCCGGAGCCGGACGUGAUCCAUGAGUUGCUCGGCCACGCUCCCUUGCUGGCCGACCCUCAGUUUGCUCAGUUCUCCCACGACCUGGGACUGGCUUCCCUCGGCGCAACCGACGAAGAGAUAGAGCUUUUUGCUACAAUGUACUGGUUCACGGUGGAGUUCGGUCUGUGUCGGGAGAACGACGGCAAAGACUUGCGUGCGUGGGGCGCUGGUUUGCUCAGCAGUUACGGUGAGCUGAGCCACGCACUCUCCAGCGCUCCCGAGCACCGAGAGUUUGAGCCGAGCGUGACGGCGGUGCAGCCAUACCAGGACCAGGACUACCAGGAUGUCUACUUCGUGGCUGAGUCUAUUACUGAUGCUCAGUCUAAAUUCAGGAGGUGGGCGGCGGCCACCCUGACGCGUCCCUACGAGGUGCGUUACGACCCCUUCAGCUGCUCCGUGGAGGUCCUCAACUCCCAUCGCGCCCUCACGCGCGCGGCCGGCGGCCUGCUGCACGAGCUCGUCAAUAUCACCGCCGCACUCGAGAAGCUGCAAGACUAGAUGCUCUUCGAAAAUUGAUGAAAAAUGGUCAACUUCGAUCAUGGGUUAUGUUUAAAACUUGAUGGUUGCUGGAAUCCGUGACAAAAUGGUUAUUUUGGUGUUUGGCUAGUUCUGUUGACAUCUGCCUUUAGGUACCAUAUAGAAUUAAAUUUAAACGUCACUACUUCAUUGAGAGGCCAAAACUUUAAUUCAGUUCCUCUUAAAGCUUGUAUGAUCGUCAUAAAAACUGUACAUUGUUGUAGGAUCGUCGAACAAAAUGUUAACUUACCCGUAAUUUGUGAAUCCAGCUUUAGCCGCAUUCGGAGUGCGUUUCGAUAAAUAAUUAUAACGGGUUUCAGCAACUUUUCGAAAGAAAUAGUCACGCAGUCAAUUAUUUGACGGCGCACAAACUGUUUGAUUUUAACGGUCGUUACAUUUGACAUCUGUAAAAGAUACAGACUGAGAUAUAAUAACCAUAUAAGUUUCAUCUGAUGUUAAAUUUCUUUAAAAGUUUAAACGAUUGGCUUAAUUAAGAAGUUUGUUUAUAACUCGGCAACGACUCGGGGGUGCUGACGAAAUCAUAUUAGUCGCUAAGACGAUAAUGGUCGAAUCCUUAUAGUGAUUUGCACAUGGUUAGUGUAUGCGAGUGAUCGGAAGCCUAUAAGAAACACAUUAGCUUUUAAGCGCAACUGCGUCGCUCUCUUUAAAGAGAAACACUUUAGCUUCUAAGCGCAACUUCAUCGCUCUCUUUAAUGUAAAACUCAUUAGCUUUUAAGUGCUACAUCGUCGAAAUAUCUAGUGAGAAACACAUUAGCUUUUAAGCGCAACUACGUCGCUCUCUUGGAUGAGAAACACAUUAGCUUUUAGCGCAACUACAACGGCUUUAUGGAUGAUGAGCCUGAUCGAAAAACAAUGUAACUUUAAGAUUAAAGUUAGUUGAUGAGCCGGGCGUUUAAAAAACGAUGAUUUUUAUUAAUUUUUAAAGUACUAUUUGCGGUAUCCCAGUAAUUGAAAUUGAGAGAAAAGAAUAUUUCCACCAACUUUUAGGACAUGAAUUCGAUACACGGUUGUGCUAAACUAGGACCGCAAUACAUAUUCUGCGGUCAAAAAGAAUUUACUUAUAAAAAAUAUUGAGAUGAUUUAACCAAUUACCUAAAGUAUAAGCAAUUAGUCAUAAUUUGAAUUUAAUAAAUGAGCAGUAAAACUAUGGCAUUGAGCAGUAAAAGUAAGCAUCUUCACUUUUCAAAAAUAUUUCUAAAUGCGAAAUAAUUUGCGAACUAAAAUUAAGGUUUUAUUGCGCGUACAAGGGAUUGACAAAUGUUGCUCGUUGUCUAUGCUUACACUUGUUGCAUGUUGUCCGUGAUUGUGAAUGUUGGGUGUGGAAAAAUAUAUGACAUCCUCGAUA